AUGUCUUUCCGGCGUUGGGAACGUAUUGCAGUUUGGGUAACCAAAGAAAUUGUCCAUCGUGUACGUGGUUUUAGUGGAGUCCAGAAGGUGGCAUCUCGGGUUAUUCGGGUUGCUCCUCGAUCUCUUAAUACCAUUUCACGUACUAUUCCACUUGCACGACCAUCCGGUCUUUUUCCGAGAGGGGUAAGUCAGCUUUUAAAAUACUUUGGACGAACCAAUAAUGUACACUGUUAUUUUAGUCGUUUUCAUUCGCAAAUGUUUUAUGAGAGCAUAAUAUCUUUCAUCGGUGUCUUAACAUCAAAAUUCUAACA